UCUGCAACCGUGCGUAGUGCAAAAUUUUUUUGCUCGGGAAAAAGAGGUUAAAUUAAAACGAAAUUAAAUUAAAUUUGUUGAAAAAACAUUAAGACGUACAUUGUGAAAAAAGAAGUUGCCUAAGCAUUUUUCUAAACACACAUACACUAACACACAACGAGCAACGAACUCCUCGACAGUGUAGAGCGACGCCCAAGAAUGAAACAGCGCAAGGCAACAUGAUGAAAAUUAUACCAACAACAUCCAAAGCAUAAGAGAGUAGCAGCAGCAGCGAAACGGCAACGACCCGAACGAACGGCUUACGCGACAACGCCACAGCGGCCGGCUAGUCUGCAGUACUAUAAGCGGGAAAUUACGAGGGGGAAAUUGUCAUAUACGCAGCCGCCGCCGCCCAUACGUUCCACGAAAGAUUCCAAAGAGCCGACUUGACGCCUCGCAGCAGAUAAUUGUUUAUAGUUGUAACGUAACGUGAUGUGUGCUUCUAAGUUAAGUUUUUAAAUUGCUGCAGAACUGUUAACCAAAUAAGCUAAGUUUUACCAAAAUCAACCAACCAACUACUCCACAUUUGUAAAAUGCAUUCCACAAACAGAAGAACAACAGUAUUUUAUAAGCAGAGCAACAACAUGUACCAAAAACUACAAAUGUAUACAAUAGCCGUUCUCCUUGGCUGCCUAUGCUCUCCGACUUUGGCUUGCUCCAGUCGCACAGUGCCAAAGGCACGUCCUUCAAUUUCAUCUUCAAUGUCCGGCACUCUGCUGCCACCAACACAGGCACCUUCAAUCAUCUCAACGACCACAACAGUGCGCACCACAACGACUACGCCAAGGCCCAACAUUACAUUCCCCACAUACAAGUGUCCCGAAACAUUCGAUGCCUGGUACUGUCUGAACGAUGCCCAUUGCUUUGCUGUGAAAAUUGGCGAACUGCCCGUCUAUAGCUGUGAAUGCGCCACCGGGUUUAUGGGCCAGCGUUGCGAGUACAAGGAGAUCGAUGGCUCCUAUUUGCCCAAACGACCGCGGCCCAUGCUCGAGAAGGCCAGCAUAGCUAGCGGUGCAAUGUGCGCCUUGGUCUGCAUGUUCAUUGUUUGUCUAGCCCUUUAUUUGCGCAUUGAGCAGCGAGCGGCGAAGAAGGCCUAUGAGCUGGAAGUCGAGCAAGAGUCGGAGAGCGAGAACUGCGAGUGUUGUCGUGCCCAGUGUUGUGGCAGUAUGGAUGAGGCACUUGUCGAACCCAAGCUACCCUAUCACAUUCGCCUAGAGCAUGCCUUGAUGUCCUUUGCCAUUAUCAGGCGCACCACAAAACUCUAAAAAGGAGAUACGGUCGGCAAUUGCUGCCUUCCACUAUUUGCUUCGCACCCAUAUAGAGUCAGUCAGACGUAGAUCUAUGUUUCUAUGUAUGUAUAUGUACAAGUUGAAUAUGCCUUAUGUGUGCUCCAAGAGAAGAGAGAGAGAGAGAGACGUGAAGAGUUGCAUGUUAAUGUAAAAGUCUAAUGAGUACGGAUUUUGAUUUUAGAGCUGUGCUGUAGUCGCUGUAGUUUUAUAUAUAUAUAGAUAUAUAUCUGUUGUAAUCCAUGUUUAGUAAUUUGUAUUUACUAUUUUAUGCCACUUGAACAGGAUUUAUAGACCCAAUUGUGGAACGCAACUCACGACCAGCAACACAAGUCUCUCUUGUAGUAAAGGGUCUCGAAUAUUUUUAUACUCGUAUGCUAAAUAUUUAUUUUAUGAUAAGUGCUAACUGAUAUUUAUACGUAUUACACACAUACGACACACUCAUACAUCCACAAAACACAAAGUAUUAUUUAUUACGAAGAGAAUACAAACGAGAAAAAAAAAUCUCUUAAUAAAAAUAAAUUUGCACUAUGUUAAAACGAUA